AUGAGCAUUCCCAUUGAAUACAGUAAGGAUGUCAAAUGGGACUGGCCUCUCCAGACAAACGAUGAAUUUGUGAAGGUCGUCGACGAUGCAACGCAUUUCGAGGUUGAUUUGGAUGCAAAAAUGUUCACUCCGAAGGAGAUCCAGGUGAAAACAAUCGGUGAUCUACUUGAGAUUCAGAUGGAUCAUGAAGCUCGAGGUAACGAUACCUUCAACAUCUCAAGAAGUAUUACCCGGUAG